AUGCUUGAGGAGAGGGCACCUUCUUGUGUACCCGAGGAAUAUGACCUGGAUGAGCAUUUUACAUCAGGCGUUGGUGUCAAUCCACCGAUUAUUCCGAGUCGAAAGUCAAUUAGGGAGUCGACUUUGUCAUCUGCAACCACCUCCUGUUGCUUUUUGUCAUUCCCAGUCGAAUGGGUGCUGACGAUACAGGCUCUUGUUACUGUGGCAAAUAUCCGGACGUACUUGGAGGCAACGACAGUAAUGGCGGCACGACUCAGGCGGGAGGCUACUAGUGCCUCUCCAGCGAUCUCACGAAGACGACAAGAGGGCCAAAGCUUUCCCAUUCUAAAACGAAUUGUAGGUGAGCUCAAGAGUCUGGAGUCAGUUUGGGGAAGUAAGGGCUCCCUUGGUGAUGUGGGGACCCUGUGGUGGGAUCCUACUGUUGUCGAAGCUGAUCAGUUGAGGGGAGGAAUGAGCCUCGAGACGACUGGUGUCGAUUGUGGUGCAUACGUUAUUGGCCUUAUGGUUAUCUGUGGGCUCACCACAGAUGCUGUAUACAGCUGUGGCAAGUGGUUGAGCGACUUGAGAGAGUGGAAUACUGGAAGAAGGGAGGGAUCGGAACGGGCAGCAACUGUUAUUGAUACUUUGUACCUGGAAAAGAACGAGGCAAUCAAUCUCACCAUUCAAGCUAUGACAUACCUACCGAUAGAGACAUCCCAGUGGUGUGUCGAACGUAUUGCGAAUGUUCUUAGCCAUUCAAUAUCAAUUAGGAUCACCCCGGAGCUGAAGCCGCUACGUGUAGGUAUUCUUCUGGUACCUGGAUGGGCUGCUUAUGUGCUCAUGGGGGGUGUCAACAUAUGCUCAUCUAUUCCCGGUGAAGUUCUUGAUUGUGUGGCAACUUUAGCAAGGAAUUUGUUGUUUGUUUGUCUUGAGGAUGAGUCUCGAUUUGAACACUUUUGUGUGGAAGCUGUACGCUUUAUUGGAAUUCUUUCUAAUCAGCUAGUGCAAAGCGCUGUCUUCAGCAGCUCUGCUAAAGACAUUCUAGCUUUGACUAGCCCUACACAGCGCGCAGUAGCAGUCCUUCGAUUGGUGUUCAGCACUUUUAUCCAACCGCUUGAAGAAAACUUCAGAACCUUUGUAGUUCGGCCAGGCGUGUCAAAUGCUUUAUGGACUGCAUUUGUGCGUUUAUUCAAAUCUCUUGUGGUCGAGCGCACUUUAUUUUCUCUCAACGCAUCCUCUAACGAGGUUUCCCCCACGACAAGGAUAUGCUCUGCUAUUUUGCGAACCGCCUUGUAUCGUUUGCUGCUUGUUGUGGAAACCUUGGGUACUGCAGAGCUCAGUAAGCUAAGCGGUACCUUGCACACGGCCCAUCAGCAGAAGCGAUACAAGGGGAUGCUGCAGCACUCACGGGGGAAGUUCACAGUGACUCUGCUAAACGCUAUCGCAGAAGAUAGGCAGCUGCUGCUAGAAGAGGCAAACAUGCGUUCUCCCAGCGGACAUCGCAUCCUCAAGCUACACAAUGACAUUGUUUGCAAGGAUGACGGCCAUGUGGUGUUGUUGUAUCUCGACAGCGGUGUAAUUUACUACAGUGUGGGACGACGAGACAGGAACUUUAAAGUUGCAAAGGGUCUGGAGGAGGUCUUCAAGAUCUUCCAAUGA